AUGCCAAAGGUCACUAGUUUUGCGCCAGCCUGGCUAUGCCGGCCCUCGCCUGGCGCCAGCCUUUUCACCAGCGCCUCCAACAAAGGUCCUUCGCAGGCCCUCCGAAAUGAAUCAAAAUCCGUUACACCAGAUUCAGCGACUCGGACAAUCGCCAAGAGAGGAAACGAGAUAUUUGUCGUUGUCGAUAAUGAAAUUCGAUGGUCGGACCUUGCGCGACUGAAAGACCAAUGGCAACAAGAAGCUCGGCAGAAGAAGAGCUCUUCUGGCCCUAUUAAUGAGCAGGCAAACGGUACUAAAAUCCCACCCUACAGGGUUCUGGCGGUACCCGUCUACGGCCUCAUUAAACAAAUCCUACCCUCUCCGAAUGGCGCGUUCCUCGCAAUCGUCACUGAGCAUACUGUCCAUAUCUCUGUCCUCCCUGAUUCUUCACAUCUAUCCUCCACAGAUACGUCACCCAUUCGUUUAAAGACUUACCAGCUUGGCCCGACCACCCACGUCAUUCCAGAAGCGCCAGUGGUAUCUGCUCUAUGGCAUCCCCUUGGGCUCCACACCAACUUGAGUGGGUGUAUCGUGACAGUCACCUCAGAUGCAGCGGUGCGUGUGUGGGAGUUGGACCGGAACAAUCACUGGUCUUUUGACCAGCCUACCCUGGCAGUAGAUCUGAGGAAGCUGGUUGACGGGACCUCGUCGGACCAGGAUUUCGCACCCUCAGGAUUCGGUAAAAACAAGGGCUUCUCCGCCGAUAUCAUUGAUAUGGAGGUUGCUUCUGCCUGUUUCGCGGGCACUGGAAAUGAGAGAGAGGAUGCUUGGGCGCCUAUGACUCUCUGGGUUGCUAUGCGACCAGGUGAUCUUUAUGCUCUUUGCCCUUUGCUGCCAUCUAAAUGGCAGGCCCCGUCUACAACCAUUCCCUCGCUUUCUUCGGCUAUUGUUCCGAAGUUGGCAGCUCUCGAAGAGGCCCCUGAGGAUCUUGAGGAGCAAUUGAUCGCGUGCCGGCAACAAUAUGACUGGCUGCGAGAGAUCGAUGAGCAAGAACCUUUGGACGCUCCAUUGGAGGCUGGCAACAUACAGGGUGCAGAUGUCUUUACCCGUCCGUCAGUUCCAAGCGCUAUUCCACGUUUGCAAGGCCCGUUCCGUUAUGACAUCGGGGACGACUUAGAUGAUCUCGAUCUCUGUGACAUCCUCGUCAUUGCGGCCCGACUCAAUGUUGAAGACCUCAUGAUGGGCGAAGAUGAGGAGCUUGCUGUCGAAGCCACUGAGAAAGACAAGCUCUCAGCAACUGUCAUUUGCCUGUCGAGCGGGAAUGGCCGUGUCAACAUUUGCCUGGAGCUUGAUGGCGUCGAGGGCCAGUGGCUUCCUAAAGCUAAAAAUAACACAUUCCGAACUCCUCUCUCAGACCCCUCCGAUCUCGUCUUGGUGGAAUCACUUGACACCAUCAAAACCACAGGGAUCGAGUCGGUAGCAUGGCCAGUCUUCACCCGAGAUAUUCACUCACGCUACUCCUUCUUCGUAACUACUGCUACAAACGUGGUAUCUUUCUCCAUGUCUUCCUGGGUGCAGAGACUUGAGGCCGAAUUGCAGGCAGAGGAUCCAUCGGGCUCUGGUUUCCGCCUGCAAGUUCUAUGCAGCGGAAAUGUCGCCCACAGAGAGCGAAUCUUGCAGGUUUCGGAUGUUGACAUCCCACCCCAGGGCGCACACCUUGCUGGCUCUGUGGUUUUCUAUGAUUUUGACCUCGGCUAUCUUUUACUCACCUAUCACGCUUCAACCCCGUACUCCGCUAUCAUGGACGCUCCAGAAGACUCUUUCUCUGCCGCGAUGGAUUCUCGUUUGGAACAGAGAACAAGUGUUCCUGGGUCUCCUGUUGCAUUACCUCAACGAGCUCCAUAUCAAGUUCCGGCUAUUUUCUACGCGGCCUCCCCUAUGGAAUCCUUUGUCGAUACGCAAGUGCCUCACCGGCAACGGCACACCCUCAAGGAGCAGGUGCGCCUGUCGCCAGCAACUUUGGAUCUUGUUGCUACUGCCCACCGCCAGCUUGCGUCUUAUACCAAUGGACUCGAGAGAGCUGCCUCGGAUCUUUUCCGUCGCUGUGAACGGUUGCAAGGGGAGAUGCAGGACCAGCUGAAACAAAUUUCUGCCGUAGCGGAGCAAAUCAAGGGAGUGACAAGCAAGAUGAGUGAAGACGGUGGACACAAGGAAGGCACUGGAAGAGGUGAAGCCAUUGAUACGCGACUGCAAAAUGCAAAGGACAGGCAACUCCAGCUUGUACAGCGUUAUGAUGCGUUACGCAAGAAGGUUCUCAAUUCAGGUGGACGUCCUCUGAGUGAGAAGGAGACAGCCUGGGCCAUGGAAGUCAACGCUUUGUCUGAAUCGCUUGAGAAUAAGGACGACGAUGAAAAGCAGCAACUUGCCGCGCGGCUGGAGACGGUCAAACAACUUGCCCUUGACCUCAUGUCAGAGAGCAAAUCGAUUGCUGCCAGGGCUCCUGUCUCCCCAGACCUUGGAGAUUCUUCUACUGGAGCCUCUCAGCCUAUGGUACCGCAACGCCUGCAGCGCCAGCGGGUCACCGAAGCUAUGAGGAUGGUUGAACGAGAAUCUGCGGUUAUCGAUGCUAUCACUUCUCGUCUGGGACGUCUCAACACCUCCCUCUAG